CUUUUUCAUUCCCAAUUGCAAAAUUCUCUAUUUUAGAGUGACGAAAGAGGACGAAUUUAUUCACAAGUUUAUUACUUCUUCUAUGCAUAGGCCGUUAAGAUGAACGGAGCAUGCUUGGAGUUCGAAGAUCAGAUUACCGACGCGGUUUCUAGGAUCCGGUUCGCUCCUCUUUCCAACAACCUCCUUAUCUCUUCUUGGGACUCUAAACUCAGAUUGUAUGAUGUCGAUAGAUCUCUGCUUAGAUUUGAAGUGGCCUCAGAAGCUGCGCUUCUUGAUUGCUGUUUUCAGAGUGAGUCGGUGGCUUUGAGUGUUGGCUCUGACGGUUUUGUUACAAGGUAUGAUUUGCAUUCAACAAAUGGUGACACAAUUGGAAAUCAUGAAGAUAUAGCUACAAGGGUUGGAUAUUCAGAAGAAACAUGCCAAAUUAUUACAGCAGGUCUGGAUAAGAAGAUAAUAUGCUGGGAUACACGCACAACGAGGCCUCUAGCAUGCUUGGAGAAACUGGAUGCGGAGGUCGAGUCAAUGUCGCUCUCUGGAUUUAUUUUGAUGGUAGCCAUUGGAGCAUCAGUAUAUAUGUAUGACUUACGUAACUUAGAUAAACUAGUUCAGUCGAAAGAAUCAAAAGCAGAUGUACGCAUAAGAUGUGUCAGUUCCCAUCAUUCGUCUAGAGGAUAUGCAGUUGGAUCAAUAGAUGGACGAGUAACAUUGGAGAUUGAUCCAACCGUUUCAAAUGAUAUGGGAUAUACUUUCCGUUGCUAUCCCAAGUCAAGGGAUGGAAAAUUUCUCGUACCAGUCAAUGACAUUGUAUUCAAUCCACACAUUGGCAGUGCUUUUGUCACCGGUGAUAAUGAAGGCUAUGUUAUGGCCUGGGAUGCUCGAAGCAAAAGGAAAUUAUGUGAGCUGCCAAGAUACCCAAAUAGUGUGGCAUCCUUGUCAUACAACAGGGAGGGACAAAUUUUGGCCAUUGCAUCAAGCUACACAUACCAAGAAGCAAAUGAAAAAGAAGAGCCUCCUCAAAUAUUCCUGCAUAACUUGGAUGACAACUCUAUUAGAUCGUGUGCUGGUGGAAGCUCAAGUCGGAAAUGAUUAUAGUCCCUGUACAUCUUAUGAUUUAGAAUGGAGGUAAUUUACUGAAAUCAUAAGAUUAUUUUUUUCUGCAUAGUUUAUUGGUCGUGGUUUGAGGACAGUAUUAGCUAGCGGGCUACCAGUUAAUCACAUAACUGUAUCACUGUUCCUAGUAACACUUUCCUGAGAGCUUUUGUAUUUUUUUCUCCUUUAAAUGUAAUUUAUUCAGUUUUGCCUCAUCAGGGGAUUAUAGCAGAUUCUCAAUCCAUAUUUUGUACCGUAAUGUAAACCUUUGGGCUAUGUAUUUAUUCCUCUUUGCCACCGUAUAGAUAAAAUUGCUGGAGGCUUUGAGAAUUC